AUGCUUUUUGGAGUCAGCCUAUUUGCUUGCCUUUUGGCGUUACCAGCUGGUCUGGCUGCGUCUUCUACCUCGGCUUGGCCUGAAUGCGCAGUCGAAUGUUUGAAGAUCGCCAGCAACUCGACAUGUUCCGUUACAAACCCAACGUGUCUCUGCACCGAUGAGAUGAUCCAGAUACCCAUGGACAUGUGUAUCAAGAAAGGAUGCACGAUCAAGGAAUUAUUGGUCACAACCAACUUGACCAUGACCAGCUGCGGUGCUCCUAUCCGAGACAAGACCGACGAAUACAUCAUCUUGUCUAACACGUUUGCCGUUAUCACCGGCUUGUUCAUCCUUCAGCGAUUUGUCUCAAAGAUCUACUGGAAGCUUCCUCUUGGUCUCGACGACUGGUUCAUCCUCAUCACCUUUCUCUCUGGUGUUCCGAGCUCAGUAAUCACUGUUCACGGUACGGCAGCAAACGGCCUAGGUCGUGACAUCUGGACUCUUACUCCGACGGAAAUCACCAAUUUUGGCUACUUCUUUCACGUCAUGGCUAUCCUCUACUUCGCCCAGGUGACACUUCUAAAGCUGUCCCUCCUAUUCUUCUACCUUCGUAUCUUUCCCACUGUUGGCGUUCGAAGGACUCUCUGGGCCACCGUCAUAUUCAAUAGCCUUUUUGGAUUGGCUUUUGUAUUUACUGCCGUUUUUCAGUGUAAACCCAUCAGCUAUUUCUGGGAGAAGUGGGAUGGCGAACACCAAGGGCACUGUGCUGAUCUCAACGCCAUCACUUGGUCCAACGCUGGCAUCAGCAUUGCCCUUGAUUGCUGGAUGCUUGCUGUUCCUUUGUCUCAGCUUAAGGCGCUGAACUUGGAUUGGAAGAAGAAGAUUGGUGUUGGAAUGAUGUUUUGCGUGGGCACGUUCGUCACUGUUGUCAGCAUUCUGAGACUGAGAGCGGUUGUUAAGUUCAAAGCCGAGACAGAGAACGCGACGUGGGAGUUUCUGGAAGUUUCUAAAUGGUCUACCAUCGAGAUCAACGUCGGCAUGAUUUGCGCCUGCAUGCCCUCCCUACGGAUCUUACUGGUCCGGCUCUUCCCCAAGAUUCUGGGCACUUCUCGGCGCUACUACCAAAACUACGCGAGCAACACUGGACGAAACACAAACAAGAACAGGUCUAGACAAUUGGGCACCAAUGCUACCACAGAGGUGGAUACGACUAGUCGGCCGGUUGAGUCGAGGGGGAUCACGUAUCAACGUACCUAUGACGUGCAGUAUGGCGAUAGUGAUGAGACGCACUUGGUUCAUAUGAAGGAUUUGGAUGCAAAGAGCGCUAGAUCUGGGGUUUCUGGGGUUUCGGUAUAG